CUAACCCUGCUGUCUGUUCCUACACUGGCCAAUUGGAUGCUCAAGGAGAACCCAUAAAACCCAUAUAAGACUUUCCCUGCUUGUGUUCCCGAGAAACUGGUAUGCAGAGGAUGCCAAUAGGUGGAGAAAGAUAGUUUGUAUGAUGGAACAGAAGCUCUUUGUGGAUAGAAGGCUGGUCCUACCAUUAGGCAGAAGGAGGUAGCUGCCCUGAGAAGCGGAUGCCAGGGAUCAUGUGGCUGGCAGGAAGGUACUGGGAGAGAAACCUAUGUGGGUCCCGCUGCUUGCUCUGAAUCCAGGUCUCAGCUUGCUUGGCUUGCACCUUCAUGUGCGGCGGGGAUGCUGUCCUCUUGCCAGUGUUGCCAUAAGGCUUCAUCUGCCGGCAUGAGGGGGUGGGGACGCGGCACACUGUCUUCGCCGCAGGCAGCAAAGUGUCUUGAGCCAGUCUUGCCUGGGCAGCAGCAAAGGAGGAACAGCUGUGAUUUCCCUCCCUUCUCCAAGUCUUUUGAAGAUGUGUUACCAUAACAGAAGAUCACAUGCACAGAACUUGGGAUGCACGAGUUAAUGGAGAAGGAAUGACACCCACUUUGACUGGAAGAUUUCUUAACUUUAAGACCCAAACCAAAUAGAUGGGAUGAAGGAUGCUAGUCAAGAAAAAGCCGUGGGUCAUCUUGGUGCUGUGUCUGGCAGCUUUCCUGUGGAAGAUGUACAGGUGUGUGCAUACGGGCCUUUUUUCAGACAGCUCUGAACAAUGGUCAUCCUUGGAUUCCUUCCUAGAGCAAGGAAUUUGCAACUGCAACAGAUGCAUUGACCAUAACCCUCAGGACUGGUUUUGUGAUCACUAUGAUGCCUCAGUCAACUGCCUGCUAACUCGUGAAUCUCAAAGGAUCCCCCCAGAGGUUCUCUUUUGGUGGCUGAAGCUGCAAAGAUCACAGGAUGGAAAACAAGUACAGAAGAUAAUAAAACACCUGUUUGAGAUCUUGCCAUCCUCGACUGCUAAAGUCCAGGACACCACCCAGUGUGGAACAUGUGCUGUGGUGGGGAAUUCGGGGAGGCUGAAGGGCUCAAAAUAUGGGGAAAAUAUUGACUCUCACCAUUUUGUGCUAAGGAUCAACACGGCACCAACUGCAGGCUUUGAGGAAGACGUUGGUGCAAAAACCACCCACCAUUUUAUGUACCCAGAGAGUGCAAUGAACCUUCAUGCUGGUGUCCAUCUUAUGCUUGUCCCCUUCAAACCUCUGGAUCUCAAAUGGCUAGCCAGUGCCUUUUCCUCAGGAGAAAUACAGCACACCUACAGAAGAGUCAAACAAUUCGUUGAAGCAGAUAAAAGCAAGGUACGAAUAAUAAACCCUGCCUUCCUGAAAUAUAUCCAGGAUAAAUGGACUAAGCACCAUGGAAGAUAUCCAUCUACUGGAUUCACUGCACUCAUUUUUGCUAUCCAUACUUGUACACAGGUCUCUGCAUUUGGUUUUGGUGCAGACAAUAAUGGGAACUGGCACCAUUACUGGGAAGAGAACCAUUAUGCUGGAGCAUUCCGUAAGACUGGGGUGCACGAUGCCAACUUUGAACUUGGACUCAUUGAAAGACUUGCAGACGAGGGCAAAGUAUUAUUUUACAAAUAGCCUGCUUCAGUGCCUUGUAGUCUCGGUAUUGCAUGCAUAGCUUUUUCUUUUAAGUUGUCAAUUGUACAUGCUUCAUCACAUUAAUUACAACAGGGAGAAAGUUUUCAUGAACUCAAAAAUAACUGGGAAUAUAUAUAAACCUAAAUAUUCAUACUGCA